AGAUGCACCAUGGGCUGCAUCACAGUCUCUCACUGUGGGUAACUCUGUCAGCUAGAAAAAUACCACAGGACAGGUCCUGGGGUUGCAAUGCAAACCAGUGUCCAUCUGUAUCCAGCUGACAUCAAAGUAGGCGCUGUGAGAAGAGAUCUCCAAAAGAUGUUGGGGGAAGCGCAAUGGACCAUGGCAUGUCCUCGUGUCCCUGUCCUCCUGCUGCUGGUGGUGUUUGGUACUCUCCAGGCUCCACUCCUGGUCCUUAACACUUCCAGAGCUCAGGAAGGGGAAAUCGUCGUGGCUCAAUGUGUCCUUCAGAAGCUGGUUCCUGCUGCCCGAAUUGUCUUCUGCAAGGAUGGGAUGGAGCUGUACAGCAUGAAAGCCCAUCAGCAUACGGUCAUCAACUCCAUGCUGAUGAACAUCUCUGCAAGAAGCAGUGGGACAUACGCGUGUGGGUACCAGCAGAGGAACGAGAGCAAUUGGCUAAGGAGGUCUCCCCUCAGCACUCCCUUGGAUCUACUUGUCACAGGCCAUGUGUCCAGAUCCACGGAAGAGACAGCACAUGCCAACUCAUACACCCCGUUGGGCCCCAUAGUCAUCGCUGUGGCAUCAGUGGCUGUCACCCUGCUCCUGUCUGCAGCCUCCUGCUGGAUCAUCAAGAAAGGUGCUUGUGGGAAGAGAUGCUGUAGUGCUGAGGGAUCUCCUGCCGACCACGAUUCUUACUAUGCCAACGUGGAUCAAAUGAGGAGAGUGAAGGCCUCUGGAAUACACAGCUCUGAAGUUUGUACAUAGGACAGAAUGUCAGAAAGUGAGAGGCGAUCCACCCCUUUCUCUGCAAGAACAAGGGGGAAAGCACAGCAGAGGUGACACUUAUCAAUAAAAGCAUGAAAUCCUUCUGCAUCAGAA